GCCCUCCUCUGGAAAAUCCUUUUCCUCUGGCCUCUCAUCUACUCUGUUCCCACUUCUGCCUUCAUCUGCCCUGGAGGGAUCCCCAGAGAUCGCUUUGGCCUUUCUCCUUCCUUGUUGGGUCAACAGUGAGCUCUGGGGAAGAAAGGGGCCUUGAGCCCUGGGAGAAGGCCUAAGAAAGCCUGUUUUCCGGGAUACACACAGAGCCGGUAGUGGGGGGCUGGAUGGAGGAGCAGCUCCGGACUCUGCCCCCUGCUGCCUGCUGGCUGCCUGCUGGCGGGUCAGUCAGGAGCAGCAGAGACAAAGUCCAGUUGCAUCUCUGAUGUUGGGGGGAGGGGCUGGGGUCCUCAAUCCGAGGAAGUGAGCUGGUGUGUGCAGAGAGGCCAGGCUUGGAGUCACAGGGCCCCAAUGGGACAGGUCUGAGGCCUCAGGCCCAUCCCUGAGCUCUCAGAGCCUCAUUUUCUUGUAUCAGUAAAAAUGACAGCAAUAUUCCCUGCGUGAAAGGCCAUCAGAAAGAUAGAUGAUGGGGACGCGUCUGGCCAGGCCUGGGUGCAGGAGGCCCUUUGCUGAGCUCAUAUCUCCUUCCCCAGGCUGGACCUUUCUGUUGGAGUGUCUGUGAGCUCCACUUACUUGGUGGUGGCGCCUGCUCCAGGGGUCCCCUGCAGGAUGCCCCUCUGGGCACCUUUCACUUCCUUGGUGACUUUCUCUUUUGAAGUAAUGCUGGCCUGGCCUGACUCCCAGCUGCUCAGGCACUGGCAUGUUACUGAAUCUGCAGGAUCCAGGUCUCCACAUCUGGAAAAUGGAACUGGCUUUAUGGGGCUCGAACUGAUUCUUUAGGGCUGGGCUUCUUUACUUGGGAACACAUGGGUGGGCCUUGGGGGAGCACCACAACCCCAAAAUGUAUAUAUGAAGUUAUGUCUUUGUGAGAAAGUGGCAAUGCAUUUUUCUAAGAAAGAGGUCUAUGAUUUUCAUAAGAUCCAUAUUCUUAAGAGUAAAUGAAUCUGGGGUACAGUGUCAGAUGCCUGUAUCCCAGCUACUCAGGAGGCCAAGGCAGGAAGAUCUUAAAUUCUAGGUCAGUACAGACAACUUAGCAAAACCCUGUUUCAAAAUAAAAGAUAGAAAAGGCAUGCAGAUGUAGUUCAGUGUGAGACCCUGGGUGUGUCCCCAGUACUGCCGAGCAAAAAAAAAAAAAAGUAAAUAAAGCCCCCCAACAUCAAGGAUGCUUGUCAGAGAUACCCUACCUCUGACUCCCAUCACAUACAGUACUUUAGAAAAAGAGGUCAGUGCUGGAAACCCGAGUUUAGGUGUCAGCCCUGCUACCUGCUAGAUGUGUCUUAAAUGAGAAUGCUUAGUCUCUGCGUGCCUCAGUUUCCUUACUGAUAAAGUAGGAAUGGUGCCUUCUCGCUGCACUGUGGGGAAGCGCCUGGCACACAGAGCCUGGCCCUGGCCUGCAGCAGUGAGGUUGGUGAUGCCACCUCCUCACUUCUGCUACCUGAGCUCCCUCCCAGCUGCAUUUCGGAAACCUGUGUCCCUGGCCCCUUCCUGAUCAUCAAGCUCAGUCUUGUGCCUCCAGCUCUUUCUUCUGAUGUCCCCGUCUCUGUGCCUGCUUCCUGGUCCCCAUACUUACCUGGACCACUCACUCUCCUUGCACCCCAGGAUCCAGCUGAUGUGGCCUCUGGGCUCUUCCUUCAGGGGAUUAGCCCACACUCCUUUCUGCUCCUUUCCUGGCCUUGGCCUUCUCCUCGAGGGAGCAGCUUGGGGGAGCAGCUUUGUAUUACAGUGUCUGAGUUUUGCUUCCAGGCAGAGCCAGAAGGGCUGGCACUGGGGUCACUGACCUUGAGAAUCUGCCAGGAGGGAGCAGACAAGUUGGGGUGGGCACUGGCAAGGGGAAAGGACAGGCCUGGAGUUGGGACAGAAGCCGCCUUCUGGCGUGAAUGCAGAGGUCAGGCAGGGCCAAGGAGGUGGGUGUGGCAGGGCCCUUUUCUCUUGGCCAUGGGAGAGAUACCCUCCUCGCAUGGUUCUUGUGUAGUCUCCUCAUCGGCCUCCCAUCCAGGAACCUUAGACAUAAGUGUAGUGUUUAACUAUCAAAGCACCCUUUUUGUUUUUUUUUUGAGACAGGGUCUCCCUAUGUAGUCUAGACUGGCCUUGAACUCACUAUGUACUCCAGGCUGGUCUCCAACUAGCAGUGAUCUUCCUCCUCAGCCUGUGUGCCACCACACUGGGUCUCAGAAUUCAUUUUUGAUCCUGUGGUUGCUGAUCAAAAUUCUGUAGGAUUUCCAGUGCACCAAUGAGAAGAGUGCCUUCUCUCGCUUCUCUAGCUCUGGCUUCUCCUAGUAGGCCUGGCUGUGGUAGCCUCAGCUCCUGCCUCUGCCUUCUCUCUUCCCCUCCUGCCUCACAGGCUGUGAUGUGGGGCCAUCCACAAAGCCCAAAGCAGCUGCCCUGCACGGCGUGUGCCUGCCCCUCUGCUGAGCGGCCUCUCCCAUCAGUUCCCACCAUCCUCAGCGCUGCCUUUCCCAGCCUCUUGCUGCUCUCACACUGGCAUAACAGCUCCUCUCCUCUCUGCCAAAUUCUGUGGAUGGUUUUAGCACUUGGGUGCUGGGGCAUCUGCUGGUCACAAUUUGGAAGUCAUUUCUCCUCUGGGGAGAAAAAAGGGAGGGGAAAGCAGCAGGGGAAGCUGUGGUGCUGACCACCCUUUGUCUCCAUCUGCUGUUGGUAGAGUGAAUCAAUAUGUAUAUGAGAGAGCAAAGGUGUGUCUAGGACAUCUGGGUUCAAGCACAACUGGCUAGGCUAUGGUUCAGGCAUCUUCUGUGAAUUCCUUCACUCUGUCUUCACAGCAGGCAACCCUGUGAUCUCCCCAGGAAAAUGUUAAAUUGACUGUCAGAGAGGUUGGCAACUGACCUGAGGUCACCUAGUGCCAGUGAUUUCUGACUCCAAAGCCCAGCCCUGGAACCCUCCUGGGCAGGGCUUGCAGAACUUUGUGAAUAUCAAUAUAACAAAGAAAAACUAUAAGUUAUUUAUGUUGAGAUUCAAGGCAGUAGUGGGGUGUGGUGGUGCACUCUGGUGUAAUCUCAGAACUCAGGAGGCUGAGGCAGGAGGAUUGCUAUACCUUUGAAGCCUGCCUGGGUUACAUAGUGAGUUCAAGACCAGCCUAAAUUGCAUCAGGAGAUCCUGUCUCAGAAAGACAAAAGCAAGGGCUGAGAAUUUAGCUUAGUGGCACAAGUGCCUGCCUAGUACCAAAAAAAAAAAAAAAAAGGCAAUGUGCUAAGGUGUGGUGGAUGCGUCAACCCUGGGGCUAGCUUGUUGGGUUCAUGACAUCAACUCCACACUUCCUGGCUUCUGAACUUUGGGUAAGUUACUUUUGUGCCUCCAUUUCCUUAUCUGUAAAAUGGAGAUAAUUACAGUUGGUAAUUGUGAGAGUUAAAUGUGUUAAUACAUUUAAAUACUUAGAAGGUGCCUAGGAAGGACUGUAUAUGUAUUAGCUGUUAUUGUCCUGUACAUUAUGCUAUCCCAGAUUGUACUGUAGAUAAGAGGAAUCAAGCACCAUGGUCUGAGAAUAAGGUGUAAGAGCAAACACUUUAAAAUGAAUUAUUUAUAUGCAUUUAGGUUCUUUUUCUCCCAUAAAUUGUGGAAAAUAUCAUUGUUGGGCUUCAGCUACAGAAUACUUUGAUCAGCUUCAUCUAAGCUGCUAUCUGUUGAAGAAUAAGAGCUAAAGCAGGUUCUGCCCAUUUCAGGUACGUGAACCUUUGCUGUGCCACACAGUGAAGGAACUUCUGAGCCAGGCUUGGUGUAGGUCUGCAGUCCCGCCAACCUGGGAAACAGGCAGGAGGAUGAAAGUUUGAGACCAGGCUGGGCAAGUUAUUGACCUAGUGAGACUCUGUCUCAAAUACAAAAAGGACUGGGAUGUAGCUCAGUGUGAGGGUCUUGGGUUUGAUUCCUAGUGCCACAAAAACAAAGUAAGUCUAGAUUUGAUCAGUUGGUUCAUGCUUUGGCUUGCUAUUGCAUUUCCAACACAAUGGUUAAAUGAUUGAAAGAGAGACAGAGGGAUGGACAUUCUGAUGCUGAUGUGGUCUUGCUGGCAAGGAGCCACUGUUAGGGAGAACAGAAAACAUAAUCAUAAUCAGUCAACCAUCCAGCAAGACCCAACGACAGAAAGGUCAGUGGUGGGAAGAGCCAACCAGUGGUGGUCAUCUACCAGUCAGCAUGGGUAGCUCUCUGUGUCUCUGCAUUAUUUGUAAAGAGGAAAGAAGAGCAGAAAAUGUUCCAGCAUGGGAUAUCAUGUUUCGGAUUCCCUCAGAAACAACUGCUUUGAUGUCUUUGCUCCUGAUGAGUGAUUUGGGGAUGACAAUGCACAAAUGUAUGUACUGUUGUUGCCCCUUGGGGGUGGGGGGAAAAACAACCGCCUUUUUGUUUUAUUUUGCUGUACUGACAAUUGAAGCCAAGGCCUUCACACUAAACUACGUUCCUAGCCGUCUUGUUAUAUUUUAUUUUGAGACAAAAUCUUGCUAAAUUUCUCAGGUUGGGUAUGGUCUUCUGAUCACCCUGCCUCGGCCUCCUGGAGUCCUAGGAUUAUAGGCGUGUGUCACCCUGCCCAGCUUUAUUACAGUUUUAUUCACUACAAACAACCAGUUAUAAAGGUAUUACUUUGAGAGACCAGGGAUACAUCCCACAGAACGAAACGAAACUAGACUCAGAAGUGCAGGCCUCCCGGAAGAACGUCCACGUGUAGCCACCUCCUGCACAGCUACUGCCCACCCCAGCCUCCAGGCAGUGCCACUCUAUGCCAGGCUCCUUCCUGCAGGUGCAGACAGCUUUUCCUCUUCAGAGGGAAUCGUUGCCUUUCAGGGACAGCUGCUAAUUGAGGAGACCAGAUUCUUGAAGCCACACACAGGAAUCCUUUUCGUUGGAAAUGCAUGAGCCAGUCAGGGCCUGAGAAAACCAGAUGUGUUUGUUUACUUUGCACAAGUGGAACAUGGGGCAGUCUCCACGCUGGGCAAUCAAAACAGUAGAUCUCUGAGAUGGGGUCUGGAGGGAAAGCUGGCAGGUGGAAGCAGUCAGGAUGGUGGGGUCCAUGCUUGUUACUUUCUAGCUUUAUCAUUUUCUACUCUGCUCUUUAGUUAAUUUCCUUUUCUGUUUGUUUGUUUGUUUUUGUUGAGAUCUUGGUAUGUAGCCCAGGCUGGUCUCUAACCUUCAGUGAUCUAUCUUCUUCAGCCUCCUGAGUGCUGGGAUUAUAAGCAUGCACCACCACACCCGGUUUCCCUUUAUGUUUUUGAAAUUUGGUUUUCUAUCUAUAAAUAUAAAUGCUGUCUACCUCAGGGACUGUGGGCAGGAUUUGUGACAAUAAAUAUGGCAACUGUCUGACAUAUGUCUGGUGCCUGUUAUUCUUUUCCUGUGCUCAGAAUCUCUUAACUCGGUACAAAUGGGACUUUUUGCCACAUUUCUGACCAGUUAUAUCAGAAUCUCCCAGGGUGGAGCCCUGGGGCCCAGGGAUGAAUGAGCAUUUGGCCAAAAUCUCUCCAUGAGUCUAUUGUACCACUCAGUUAAUCAUCACUGUUCUGUUCUAUGCUGUUGUGACCUAGAAUAAAAACUAUAAAUUUUGGUCUUCUCUGGUUCCUGGCACAGAACAUCUAAAAUCUCUGUAAUUUCCUGAGCGUUGGAGGUGCUAACAGGAUCUUUUGUUCUGAUUUUGGUUUUGACUCUGGUUCCUGAUAGCUCAGUCUGGCAGGCUCCUGGGUUGGUGUGGCUCACCAGAAAAUGAAGCAAGAGUGGAGAGGGGUUGGAGGUUGAGUUAAUGAACCAUCAUGCCUGCAUGAGGAAACCACCAUAAAAACCCUCCAAACAAGGGCUGGAGGUGCAGCUCAACAGAGGAGCGCUCAUCUAGCAUGAGCAUGACUCUGAGUUGUCCUUGGUAGAGCCAAAACCAAAAAAUCCUCUGCAGCAGAUUUUGAAGAGCUUCCACAUUGCAGCUCACAAGGGUGGCACUUGGAGACAAAGCCGGCAACAUAACCUUUCCCUGCGCCUUGCCCUGUGCAUCUCUUACCUCCAGCUGGCCAAUCGUUUCUUUUAAAAUAUCCUUUGGAAGAAAUCAGCAGUAACAAGGAAGUUGUUUUUCCGUGUUCUGUGAGUUGCCCUAGUAAAUCCUGCACCUAAGCAGAGGGCGGGAGAAGCUCUGAUUCAUAGCCACACUGAUUUAUGGGUGCCUUGUGGACCUAGCAUUCCACAUGGGCGUCUGAAUGGGGUGGGUCUACCCUACAGAAUGGAGCAUUAACCCAAGGGCUGGGCAUGAACUCUGGUUGGUGUAGGACACCCUGUGGGUGUUGGAGAAUCAGUUGCUAUGGAGAAAAGACCGACACAUGGACAUGUCCUGUGUUGAGUUAGAGUACAGAAAAAAUAUUCCUUAUUUUUUCCAUAUGUACCACCCUAAAAAAAGCUUUUCUUCUCCUUAUCUUUUAACCAUUUUUUUUUUUUUUUUUUGUACUAGGGUUUGAAUCAAGGGCCUUCACUGUGAGACCCCAGUCUCUUCCUCCUCCUUUUUAGGGCAGGGGUCUUCCUAAACUGUAAACUGCCCAGUAUGGAGAACCAAGUAGAGAUCUUCAACUACCUGUAGAGGGAGCUAUGGCGAAGGAUGGAGAAAAAAACAAAUGUAGUGAUUUAAAACGGCAUGGGGUGGGGGUGAGGACUGGCGAUUUAGCUCAGCAGCUCAAGUGCUUGCCUGGCCUGUCGCUCCUGCUGCCCCCCACCACACUGGCAGCCCUGGCCGACAGCUGGCUCCAAGAGGACUGCCCAGGCCUCAACUUUGCAGCCCUGGCCACUGGAGCUGUCCCUUCACAGGCUGCACUAUGGGCCAAAUCCCCCGGCGUCCUGGCUGGGCGCCCUUUCUUUGAUGCCAUCUUUGCCCAGCUUGACUGCCAGGUCUCCUGGUUCCUCCCUGAGGGAUCGAGGCUGGUACCUGUGGUCAAGGUGGCAGAGGUCCGGGGCCCUGCCCACCACCUGCUGCUGGGGGAACGGGUGGCCCUGAACAUGCUGGCCCGCUGCAGCGGCAUUGCCAGUGCUGCUGCCACAGCUGUGGAACUCACCAAGGCAGCUGGCUGGGCAGGGCGUGUGGCCGGCACGAGGAAGACCACUCCAGGCUUCCGGCUGGUGGAGAAGUACGGGCUGCUGGCCGGUGGUGCUGCCUGCCACCGUUACGACCUGGGCGGGCUGGUGAUGGUGAAGGACAAUCACAUCGUGGCAGCCGGCAGUGUGGACAAGCUGCUUGGUCUGAUGGUCAAGAGCAAAAGACAGAAGCCAGGCACCAUGGCCAUAUGCCUGUACUCCCAGCAAUUCAGGAGGCUGAGACAGAAAAAUCACAAGUUAAAGGCAGUGCGGGGUGCCCGGCUGGCAGCAGGCUUUGAGCUCAAGGUAGAGGUGGAGUGCGGCAGCCUGCACGAGGCGGUCCAGGCAGCCCACGCGGGUGCCGACCUGGUCAUGCUGGACAACUUCAAGCCUGAGGAGCUGCACCCCACAGCUGCGGCGCUGAAGGCCCAGUUUCCACAGGUGGCUGUGGAAGCGAGCGGGGGCAUCACCCUGAACAACCUGCCCCAGUUCUGCGGGCCCCAUGUCGAUGUCAUCUCUUUGGGGAUGCUGACCCAGGCAGCCCCAGCCCUCGACUUUUCCCUCAAGCUGUUUGCUGAAGAAGCUGUCACCCCCCAAUUCUAAAGCUGAAAAGGAUGCCAGGGCUGUGGGUUGACUUGGCUCAUGAGGACCCUCAGGUCACACAUCUUUAGGUUCAGUGGCCAACAGGAUAUAACCAGAAUUGGCCCAGGCUCAGCCUGCUCUGCUGCCUACUGCUGUGUGACCCACCAAGGCUGACUUCACCCUUGUUCACCUCAGUUUCCUAAUCUGAAAAUGGGUCUAAUAAAUGAUCAGCCUUUUGGGGUCUCUUGCUGAUAAGUACCACAUAAUAAGUGGUCAGUAAAGAAAUUACUCUAAUUCA